AUGGGGAUCACGAUCUCGUCGUUGCGGCGCCGUCUGCAACAGGCACAUGAUCUGCUGUUGCAGAUUCCGUGGAGCAAGACGCCGACCACCUUGCCGAGCGACGUCAUCUUCGACAUCCUCUCCAGGGUCCCGGCCAAGUCCAUGUGCCGGUUCCGAUGCGUGUCCAGGGAGUGCCGUGACCGCAUCUCCGACCCCGUCUUCAUCGCCGCCGCGCAGGAGCGCCGCCCGCCCGAGCCGCUCCUCGUCGUCGGCUCCGACCAUGACAUGUCACUUCGCCUGGUUGAUAUGGACGGCACCGUCGUGAGGGUGAUCAGUGGCAUGAACAGGCCUUGGGUACCGGUGUCCACGAAUCCUGAUGGCUUCGUGUGUGUUACAACCGGCUUUUCCAAGGACGACAACCUCGCCGGGGUGAUCGACCUCACCACCAUGAAGAUGCCCGUCACCCACCUGAAAAGCGACAGAGCCUGGGGCUACGGCCGCGCCGUCCCAUCCGGCGCUUACAAGAUGGUGCGUCUCGGAUUCCACCACUGCGAGGUCUUCACGGUAGGAGACAAUGACGGUUGGAAGCGGAGAAAAUGUCCCCCAUUCCGUUUCGACGGCUCCAGUCAUGACAACUACACUGCAGCGGUCAACGGUAUGCUGCAUUUCUUGCCAGUGGCACUACCUGACGAGGAGGGCACCCUACUCUUCUUUGACCUCGAGAGCGAGGAGUGGAAGUGCGGGAUCAAAGGCCCGCCCAAGGUGAAACUUGGACGCCUGAAUAUCAGAUUAGGCGAGCUCAAUGGUUCCUUGUGCAUGGUUGAACCUGAGGUUCGUCACUCUGGAUAUACAAACAUAUGGCUCCUAAAAGAUCAUCACAAGAGCGUAUGGGUCAAGGCAUACACGAUUCCCUUGGAUACAUCCGCAAUUGACCGUCGUCACAUGAUGCCUUUACGGGUUUUAGAUGAUGAUGGUUUGCAGCUGCUCUUCUACAGCAGGGAGAAAGGCGAACCACCGGAACUUCAUAUCUACGACCGCCGUCAUGGGACAUACAGAAAUGCAACGAAAGAACUACUCGGUCAUGACCAUGUGUCCGGUAUCGGAUUUUGCAGUUUGCGUCUGGAGAGUUUUCUUUCGGCCGAGUUCCAGUGCCCUGUAUCAUCUUCCUAUUUUAGCUGA